CAUCAUUGUAAAAGUAAUUAAAUUGGCAAGAAACGAGGAUAUUGUGGUUCUCAGAGGGCGCUCUUUUUAAAUUAAUUGUCAAGUGAAUGGCACAAUGUGAUUGGAUCGCAUGAUCUCUGGAAUGAGUGGAAUGGAAACAAAAAAAUGUGUCAAGAAACGCCAAACGUCACAUGUAGGUUAGUCACAAGUUUCUUCCCUGAAAACAGCUUCUAUCACUCAAAGUGAGCAGUUGAAAUAAUGUUCAGCUAACAAUCAGUGCUGCAUCCUUCUCGAAUAAUGUCGGACCCUCCAGUCAUGGAGUGGAGCGUGAGUGACACGGAAGUGUGGUUAAGGAAGGAAGGUUUCGACGACACCGUUAUCAAAAUCCUUUGCCAUGAAAACCAGCUCAACGGUAAAUGUCUUCUCGUCCUAAAUGAGCACGACUUCGCCGCCGAACCCCUCAGCUCGCUCACGCUGAGGGACCGGAAGUGUCUCUACAUAGCGUGCAAGACCCUCCAAAGGGACAACCAGAAUGUCUUGAUCGAUCUGGGCAUCCUCGAAAUACCAAACGUCAAUCUGUACGCCCCUCAGCAGCAUUUCAAUAACAAGCACGAAUGCAGCGAGUACAGCGAGUCUGAGCGAAUUUCUCCACCCGUCUCUGAAGAUGGGCGCAUACCAAGACUGCCCCCAGAAAAGACCAAAGCCUUUGUUAGUUUUUGUUACGUUGUUGGUGUUACUUGGAUCACCGCCUUUGUGAUGGUCAUAGUUCAUGAUCGGGUCCCCGAUAUGAAGAAAUAUCCGCCUCUUCCAGACAUUUUCCUAGAUAAUGUCCCACACAUACCAUGGGCCUUUGAUAUGUGCGAAAUUACGGGAACUUUUCUGUUUUCCAUUUGGUUAGCUGUACUGCUUUUUCAUAGACACAGAUUCAUCUUAAUGCGGCGAUUUUUCGCCCUCUCGGGGACGGUUUUCCUGCUCCGUUGCGUGACAAUGCUCAUAACAUCCCUCAGCGUCCCAGGAGCGCAUCUCCAGUGCACCCCCCGAAACUACCCCACACAAAGCUCCUCUCUCUUCGGCGACUUGGCCACAAAACUGUCUCAAGCGUAUGUCAUAUGGCGGGGCGCCGGCAUGUCAAUCCAAGGAGUGCGGACCUGUGGCGACUACAUGUUCAGUGGCCAUACUGUGGCAUUAACCAUGUUGAAUUUUUUCAUCACUGAAUAUACGCCACGCCACAUUUAUUACCUCCAUACGCUCUCAUGGAUGAUGAACAUGUUCGGAAUCUUCUUCAUCUUAGCUGCUCAUGAACACUACUCCAUCGAUGUCUUCGUCGCGUUUUAUAUUACUAGUCGGUUAUUUUUGUAUUACCACACUUUGUCUAACAACCAAGCGCUCAUGCAAAGAGAUUCCACAAGGACGAAGGUCUGGUUUCCCCUUUUUUCGUACUUUGAGUCGAGCGUUGAUGGCAUUGUACCUAACGAGUAUGAGACCCCAAGUGAAAUUGUCUGCAGUUUGGUGGUUUUUAUUAAGAGUAAGUUGAGUUUUCUGAAGGAUUUACUGACUGUCAUAACGGUUAGGAGUAGCGAUAGUGUUAAUACUAACCAUGUGGUAGACACAGUAAGAGAAAACAAAAACAAAUAGUCACGUCUUCGUAGGAAAUUGUUAAUUUAUUAAGUUAUUUAUUGUGUAAAUAAAAGACUUAUUUAUAACGGUUAAUUUUUUAUAACGUUUUACAAAUUGUUACAAAUUAUGAUUUACCUAUGCCAAAGUUGUGUAUUGUCUAAAAGUAUUAGUUUUGUGGAACUUUUUGCAUCAGUAUGAUUUAUUGUUUUGUAAUAAUUGUUAAUUAUCCCUAAGCCUUCCAUUACUAUUCCAAUACCGAAAAUAUGUUAUCUAGUUUUAACUUAUUGAUUCAGCUACACCAACCCACUUUUGUUCUUGAUAAGGAUAUAGUUGAACCUGUUAUUUUGAAAAUAAAUAUUUUUAUAUCUGCA